AUGCGAACUUACAAGAGAAAAACUGAAAAAGGACUUUAUCCAAAAGAAGUAGUAAUAGAGGCACCAAGCUAUGUUAUUGAUGGAAGAGUAACACCAGUUCGUGUAUCAGCAAAAAAGUUUGGAAUCCACUACUCGACUAUUUCUCGUUAUAUAAAAAAAGUUAAAAAAGCUGUUGAUAUGGGAAUGCCACUACCUUAUCCUGGAUAUAAAAAGAAUCAAGUUUUUACUUAUGAACAAGAAAUAGCUAUUGCUUCAUAUAUAUCAAUAGCUUGUGAUUUCUUUUUUGGAUUAUCACCAUAUGAAACAAGAAAGCUUGCAUUUGAAUGUGCAGUAAAAUAUGAUAGACAUCAUUUUUCUGCAUCAAAUAUCUUUAAUUUUGAUGAGACUGGUAUCACCACUGUGCAAAAACCAAACAAAAUAAUUGCUUGUAAAGGUAUUAAGCAAGUGGGUGCAUUAACUUCUCAAAAGCGAGGGACAUUAGUGACAAUGGUAAUAGCCGUAAAUGCAUAUGGCAAUAGUGUGCCUCCAAUCUUUCUUUUUCCAAGAAAGAAAUUCUUUGAUCUUUUUAUUCGUGAUGGGCCAAAUGAUUGCAUCGGUGCUUCGAAUGGAUCAGGCUGGAUGAAUGAGGAUCAAUUAAUAACAUUGUAUAAAGAUAUUGGUAUAGUUUUGCUUUCUUUGCCUCCUCAUUGCUCGCAUAAGUUGCAACCUCUAGAUAGAUCUGUAUUCGGACCAUUUAAAAAAUGCUUAGCGAAUGCACAAGACUCAUGGAUAAAAAGUAGUCCAGGGAAAACAAUGAGUAUAUGUGAUUUACCAGGAUUUGCAAAUAUAGCAUUACACCAUUCAUUUACACAACAAAAUAUAUCUUAUGGUUUUAGAGUGGCAGGAAUAUUGCCAUAUAAUAAGGAUAUAUUUUCAGACACAGAUUUUGCUCCAUCAUUUGUUACGGAUUGUCCAGCAACCCAAUCUAAUGCAGCAAUUGAUAUUAGUAUAUCAACUUCAACCUCAGAUGCAAUUCCAUCUCCAGUUUCAAAAUUUUUUCCCCUGAGGUUAAAAGACUGCUACUAA